UUGAACCAUUCUUCGGAAAGCCUCUUCCUUUCGCAAGCCAGCAGGAAGAGAAGAGAGAUUGGAGGGAGAGAGUUUCAGAUCUCUCUCUGAAUCCCUUCAAGUUCAGCGCCAAUGGCAGAGUCGAAGAGGUACAUUUCACAGGAAGACCUUUCGAAGCACAACAAAGCAGGAGAUCUGUGGAUCUCUAUACAGGGAAAGAUCUACGAUGUGUCAGAUUGGGCUAAAGACCACCCAGGCGGUGAGCUUCCGUUGUUCAAUUUCUCUGGCCGAGAUGUCACGGACGCGUUCGUUGCGUACCAUCCCGGCACUGCCUGGCAGUAUCUUGACAAAUUCUUUACUGGGUAUUCUCUCCAAGAUUACUCUGUAUCGGAGGCAUCCAAAGAUUACAGAAAACUUGUCUCAGAGUUCUCCAAGAUGGGCCUGUUUGAAAAGAAGGGGCACACGGCAUCCUUUACGCUUUGCGCCGUGGCAAUGCUUUUUGCUGUUAGUGUUUACGGUAUUUUGUUCUCUGAUAGCACGUUGGUGCAUCUGGCUUGUGGGGGUUUGAUGGGGUGUCUUUGGAUUCAGAGUGGGUGGCUUGGACAUGACUCUGGGCAUUACCAAAUAAUGUCCUCUCCUAGAUUCAAUCGCUUCGCUCAGAUCCUUACUGGGAAUUGCCUUGCUGGGAUAAGUAUUGCCUGGUGGAAGAAGAACCACAAUGCCCAUCACAUAUGCUGUAACAGUCUUGAUUUCGAUCCGGAUCUGCAGCACAUUCCUUUCUUUGUGGUAUCUUCGAAACUCUUCCAUUCGAUUACGUCUUACUUUUAUGAGAGGAAGUUGAAGUUUGAUUCUGUUGCUAGGUUCUUGGUUAGUUACCAGCAUUGGACAUUUUAUCCUGUCAUGUGUCUUGCUAGGAUUAACUUGUUUGCGCAAUCGAUCUUGCUGUUGUCAUCAAAGAGAAGGGUGCCCAAUAGGGGCCAGGAGAUCUUGGGAGUGCUUCUUUAUUGGAUUUGGUACCCUUUUCUUGUUUCUUGCUUACCCAAUUGGGGUGAGAGAAUAAUGUUUGUUCUUGCAAGUUUUGCGGUCACGGGAAUUCAACAUGUUCAGUUCUGUUUGAACCAUUUCUCAUCCAGUGUUUAUGUUGGCCCGCCUACUGGAGGUGAUUGGUGUGAGAAGCAGACAAUGGGCACGCUGGAUAUAUCGUGCCCGUCUUGGAUGGAUUGGUUUCAUGGUGGGCUGCAGUAUCAAAUUGAGCACCAUUUGUUUCCCCGUUUACCUCGACGCAAUCUCAGGAAAGUCUCUCCAUUUGUUAAGGAACUAUGCAAGAAGCAUAAUUUGCCUUACAACUGUGUCUCAUUCUGGAUGGCCAAUGUAUUGACAAUCAGGACACUCCGGACUGCAGCCAUACAGGCCCGUAAUUUUGCCCAUCCAGUUCCGAAGAAUUUAGUCUGGGAAGCUAUCAACACUCAUGGAUGAGACGGACAUCUUUUGAAGCAUUCUAAGAGUUUGAUGUUGAAGUAUUUAAAAGCCUCUUUGACAAUUGAUGUUAGUGGGUUUGAUAACUUCAUUUCGCUUGAUAUCUGAGGGUGGCCAUCCUUGAUUUCAAUGGAAAAAUAAUAGUCAUCUUUCUGAUUGCUUGGAGGCUUCAAUCCUUCAUUAUUCGAUCUGCAUCGUGUUUGUGGGUUUGACAAACAAAUCACACUAAUUAUUUGCAGGCUGCUAAAAUUCCUUAUCCUCUUGUUUGUUCUAAACACCGCACAUAGGAUUAGAGGGAUGUAAAGUGUUUGUGUUUUCAUUCAAGUGUUUGCAGUUGAUAGCCCUUAGAAGGUUUCGGGGUCUCUCUAUAUUUUAGGGUUAUGUUUCUAAUUUCAUUGUUGUUUGAGACCAAUGGUGUUGUUGGUUUUCAUUCAAUGCCAAAGCUAUUUUGAACUUCAAUAUCAAUAUGGGCAUUUCUUUGUUGUUUUUCAGAA